AUGAAAUUCCUGAACACUUAUCAUAGUCGAUCGUGCUUCUGUAACGUGCCUGAACACUCAUCGGCUUUUGCUGAAUUGAGAAUGUCCUGGAUACUUUUGAUUGGAACUGUCUUUUGUCUGGUCUUACUAUGGAAACUGUACACAUAUAUCACGACUCACGCAGAGUGUCAGCUUCCACAUCGUCUGGAUGGACAGCUGGCUAUUGUGACCGGGUGUAACCAGGGCAUUGGAUUGGAACUGGUUGGCGAACUGUCUCGCCGUGGUGCUCGAGUGAUCAUGGCAUGCAGGGACUUGGGGCGAGCGGAAGCAGGGCGGCAACAGUUGUUGUACCGCUUUGGGAAAUGUGUCAACGUGGAGUCUUCCAAGCCAUACCAGUCUCCCAUCACGGAGGAGCAAGUGAGUCUAUUCAUCUCCACGGAAACGACAAGAGUGACCUAUAGCAAAUUUCUAUUUUGCUCAAAUAUCGCUGAACAGAGUCGUUCAGCUGUAACACGUUUUCUGUGCCUGGCUGUCAUGCUAUCCGAAGGAAACGCGAGGGCUGAGAUGCUGCCAGGUUGCCCGAGUCUAGACAGGGGAAGUCUAGAGGCAGAGGUUGAGUUCGAACCUUGGACCUUCCGGUCAGUAUAUUCACGCUCUAACCACCAAUCCACCUCGCCCCGGUUUGCGCAAGGACAUAGUGACGAACAUUACUGUUUUCGGGAUCUCGCCAGUACAUAUCUAAUGGUUAAAAUAGGGGCGAAAAAUGAAAUAUGCUGCGAAGAUUGGUUAGUGAAAUUCAAAACCUGGAGACACGAACGACUGGUUGUCUGCGGCCCCACGUCGCAUCGAGCUGGGUGUUAUGAGACACUAUAG